AUGCCACUCCUCUUCCAGGCUCCUCAAAAAGGCAGUCUUUCCGCCCCUGGCUCUGCCCCCUGCUCCACAGGAUUUGCCUUUUGUGAUGUUCAUGUCACUGAAGGCUGCAGGCUGGAAGGAAACAGUGAGACAAAACCCAUCACUGCAUACACAGGAGACUCAGUACUGCUGCCCUGCUCCUGCACUGACCUUCACACCAAACCUGACACCUUCACAUGGAGGAAAUACACAAAAGAUUGGGUAGAGAUAUCUCCUGAGAGGGAGCAGUACAAAGACAGAUUUCAGCUGGUUAAUGAUCACUCUUCAGGAAAUCACUCUCUACUCAUAUCACACCUGACUGAAGAGGAUGGAGGAGAUUACAGGUGUAGUCUUAAAGAGAGUGAAUACAGAGACUUCAGACUCACUGUUAAAGGUUGCACACUGAAUCAACAGACAGUGACUGUGACUGGAUACGUGGGACAGUCUGUCCUUCUGCCCUGCUCCUGCUCUGAACUACAAGCCAAACCACACACUUUCACAUGGAUCUUUUUUAAAGGAUCUGAUCCCAAAGAAAUCUUCCCAAAGGACCAAACAAAUCGCUACACACACAGAGUUCAGCUCUUUAAUGAUCAUCUCCCAGGAAAUCUCUCUCUGCUCAUAUCACACCUGACUGUAGAGGAUGGAGGAUGGUACAGGUGUGAGACCGGCAACACUAUCGAUGCAAACGUUCAGCUCAUAAUAAAAGACGCACCAACAAGACCUUCAACAUCCACAGCAGUGAUCACAACAACUUCACCUAAUUCCAAACCAGAGCCUCUUCCCUUCGUCCCCUUCGCCCUGGUGACUGUGAUCUUUCUGCACAUUAUCGUGGCUGUGGUCUAUUGCAGCACCAGAAAGAAAGGUCCUGAUACAGUUCAUUACAGCAGAGCUGAUGGAGAUGGAACAGUGAGUCUGCAGUAGAGAAGAACUCAAUCAGCUGAUCCAGCAAUAAAGUAAUAAAGAGAGUUGCUCAUAAAUAGUCUUGCAUAAAUAGUUCUGUAAAUACUGUAGCUUCAUUUUUAUUCACAAUUUGUUCUUUCCAACCCUUUUAGACUUUCAGCUUUCCAUUUUAUGUCUAAUAAUAUUUUAACUAAAUUAUAGAACAUGUGUGGUUAGAUUUAAACAGUUUUAUUGCUGAUAAUCACAUGCUUUUGAAGCCUUCUUCACUUUCACAAUAUUUACAUCAUUAAAAACUAGGCACAUUAUAUUUUUUCCCUCACAAAAUAUUGUAAUGUUCUUGGUCCUGUAUUGUAAAUGCUAUCAGAACUGAUGUAUUCUGACUAACACUGGUGCGCUUUCCUUUUUUACUUUUAAA